CACCCCGCUCGCCCCGGCGCUGCCCUACCCCGUGCUGGCGCUGGUGGGGCCCGAGGCCGGCGGGAGGAGGGAACUCGCCCUCAAAAUCUGCCGGAAAUUCAAGAAUUUCUUCAGCUUCGGGCCCUGCCACACCACCAGGGAAGCUUAUUUUGGGGAAGAAAACGGAUUCGAUUAUUAUUUCAUUUCUCAAGAAGAAUUUGACAAAAUGGUGAAAGCGGGGGAAUUUCUGGCCACCUACAGAUACAGCGGGCACUGCUACGGGCUGGCACGAGCCACGGUGGAGUCCAUCGCCCGCGCCGGGCUGGGCACCUGCGUGCACCUGGAGAUGGAGGUGAGGGGCUCCUGGGAAAUCGAAAUAUGA